CAAAAUCAACAGACGGCUCCUAGCGCCGGUGGAAUCGUCGGUGGAAUCUGCUACCCUCGACACCAGCUUGCUUGCGGCGAGGAGUGUAGAAAGUGCUGUUCGCUAACUGCGUGGUGAAGGAGAGAAAGCGAUAGAAGAGAGAGCCAUAAUGCUGACGUUGAAGGCCCGGCCCUGUGAGGUUGCAUAGGGUAAGCGGCGUUGGCCAGGCGGCGGCGGCGAAGGAAGGGAAGAGGAUUUGGGCUGGGGGCGGGGCUUGACGCGCAGCGUGGCCCCUGAUUGCUGGAGCGCGGCUGCCAAUCUCGCGGAUCCGCUCGCUUAACCAGUGCGCUGGCGAGACGCGCUCAGAUAUACCGAGCGAGCGCCGAGCAGCAGCCUCAGAUCCUGACGGUGCAGCAGCCCGCAGCCUCAGCCAGGGAGUCCCAGCCGCUUUCAAUGGAGGAGAAGCCCGGCCAGCCACAGCCUCAGCACCAUCACAGCCACCACCAUCCGCACCAUCACCCCCAGCAGCAGCAGCAGCAGCAGCAGCAGCAGCAGCAGCCGCCGCACCAUCACCACCAUUAUUAUUUCUACAACCACAGCCACAACCACCACCACCACCACCAUCACCAGCAGCCUCACCAGUACCUGCAGCAUGGAGCUGAGGGCAGCCCCAAGGCCCAGCCCAAGCCGCUGAAACAUGAGCAGAAACACACCCUCCAGCAGCACCAGGAAACGCCGAAGAAGAAAACAGGCUAUGGUGAAAUAAAUGGUAAUGCCGGAGAAAGAGAAAUAUCUUUAAAGAACCUCAGUUCUGAUGAAACUACUAACCCUAUUUCCAGGGUCCUCAAUGGCAACCAACAAGUUGUAGACACUAGCCUGAAGCAGACUGUAAAGACCAGCACCUUCGGAAAAGCAGGAAUUAAAACCAAGAAUUUUAUUCAGAAAAAUAGUAUGGACAAAAAGAAUGGGAAGUCUUAUGAAAAUAAAUCUGGAGAGAACCAGGCUGUAGAUAAGACUGACGCUGUAGCAAUUCCAAAUGGUGUUAUAACGAAUAAUUCAGGCUAUAUUACUAAUGGUUAUAUGGGCAAAGGAGCAGAUAAUGAUGGUAGCGGAUCUGAGAGUGGAUACACCACUCCUAAAAAAAGGAAAGCUAGGCGCAAUAGUGCCAAGGGUUGUGAAAAUCUUAAUUUAGUGCAGGACAAAAUAAUGCAAGAGACUAGUGUCCCAGCAUUAAAACAGGGACUUGAAACUUUAAAGCCUGACUAUAGUGAACAAAAGGGAACUCGAGUAGAUGGUUCGAAGCCUAUUUGGAAGUAUGAAACUGGACCUGGAGGAGCAAGUCGUGGAAAACCUGCUAUGGGUGACAUGCUUCGUAAAAGCUCAGAUAUUAAACCUGGUUUGAGCAGCAAAAAGUUUGAUGAUCGGCCUAAAGGAAAGCAUGCCUCAGCUGCUGCCUCCAAAGAGGACUCAUGGACCUUGUUUAAACCACCCCCAGUUUUUCCAGUGGACAAUAGCAGUGCUAAAAUAGUUCCUAAAAUAAGUUAUGCAAGCAAAGUUAAAGAAAACCUCAACAAAACUGUACAGAACUCGUCUGUGUCACCAUCUUCAUCUUCAUCCUCUUCAUCAUCUACUGGGGAAACUCAGACCCAGUCUUCAAGUCGGUUAUCCCAGGUCCCCAUGUCAGCUCUGAAAUCUGUUACUUCUGCCAAUUUUUCUAAUGGGCCUGUUUUAGCAGGAACUGAUGGAAGCAUGUAUCCAUCUGGGGGUCAGCCACUGCUAACUACUGCUGCUAAUACUUUAACACCCAUCUCUACUGGGACUGAUUCAGUUCUGCAGGACAUGAGUCUGACUUCAGCAGCUGUUGAACAAAUUAAGUCUAGCCUUUUUAUCUACCCUUCAAAUAUGCAAACGGUGCUGUUAAGCACAGCACAAGUAGAUCUGCCCUCUCAGACAGAUCAGCAAAACCUGGGGGAUAUCUUCCAGAAUCAAUGGGGUUUAUCAUUUAUAAAUGAGCCCAGUGCUGGCCCGGAGACUGUUAUUGGAAAGUCAACGGAUCAUAAAGUGAUGGAAGUGACAUUUCAAGGAGAAUAUCCUGCCACUUUGGUCUCACAGGGUGCUGAAAUAAUUCCCUCAGGAACUGAGCAUCCUGUGUUUCCCAAGGCUUAUGAGCUGGAAAAACGGACUAGUCCUCAAGUUCUGGGUAACAUUCUAAAAUCUGGGACUACUGAGAGUGGAGCCUUAUCCUUGGAACCCAGUCAUAUAGGUGACCUGCAAAAAGCAGACACCAGUAGUCAAGGUGCUUUAGUGUUUCUCUCAAAGGACUACGAAAUAGAAAAUCAAAAUCCUAUGGCCUCUCCAACGAACACUUUGUUAGGCUCCGCCAAAGAACAGAGAUACCAGAGAGGCCUAGAAAGGAAUGAUAGCUGGGGUUCUUUUGACCUGAGGGCUGCUAUUAUAUAUCACACUAAAGAAAUGGAAUCUAUAUGGAAUUUGCAGAAGCAAGAUCCCAAAAGGAUAAUCACUUACAAUGAAGCCAUGGAUAGUCCAGAUCAAUGAAGGACCAGACUGCCUAUUUGUAACCUUUCUGCAGCAUUAGAGCCACCGUUCAUGGGGGACACAAGGCUUUUAUGCUCCUAGAUCUUCAACGCAGCAGAGGAACCAUAAGUAGAAUCACAGGAUAAUAUAUACAAAUAUAUAUAUAUACAUAUAUAUAUAUAUAGUUAUUUAAAAAAGGCAACUGAAAGUAAUUAGACUUCUUAAGGAAUCAAAUUUAUUUCAAGAGACUACACAUGGUUAUUUAAUCUCCGGUACCGAAUAGUUUUUUCCUUUAUUAUUUUGUUAGUUUUUGUUUUUAAGUGUGAAUGCAAAUGAUUAAUGAAUACAGACUUAAAACAAGCGUGGUUCUAAAGUUCCUGCUGUCAUCGACUUGGGCAACAAAUGACCCACUGGAAAGGCAAAUCCACUUACUAGGUAUCUGAACCUUGUUCUGUGACUAAAGUGAUACACUAAUCACGGGGAACCCAGAAUGAUUCAACAUUUCCCCCCACUCCACCCUUGAUCUUUUAGUUUUAUUUUGAGCCCUGCGAGAAUGCUGGAUAAAUGCCUUGAAGUUUGCAGGGGUGUUUUUUGUUGUUUGUUUUUCUGUUUUGUUUUGUUUUUUAAUCCAAUGAUUUGCAUGUCUUGCCAAGAGUUGUGCAGCCUAUGUGGGGUGUUUGAAAUAAUUCCUUUUUACUUUUGUGGGGUAGGGACAGAGGGGGGCAUUGAAGUGCUACAAUCCUGUUUGUGGGUACAUAGUUAACUUUGGCUAUAUGUUUGACUUUUAACAGCUGAAGAAUCUGAGUGUCAUUUAAAGAAAAGUUGCAGAACAAGUAAUUGGCUGAUAAUUACCCCUUGUAAUUGUGUAACUGGGAGCAAAAAUAUAUUCUGCUUUUCUGCUGUAGGUGCUCAGACUUGCUCUCUGUCACUAACACUAAGUGUGUACUCUUGUUUUCCAUCAAACAUUUAAGAGAAACUUACAUACCUUUCUGUAAAUUCUUUUAAUUUCAGUUUCUCAGCAAAAUCUAAAAAGAUAAAAAGUUCAUGAAAAAAUGUUUGUUUUUAGCCAGCGAGGAGGUAAUAAACACUGCUUGUGUUUUCAGGCAAAUUCUACUUCUGAGCUUAUUAGCUUCUAAUUAUAUUAUCAUUAGAGCAAGAUGGGUUGUUUUCUUUUUUUUUUUUUUUAGGAAAAUAAUGUGAAAGUCUGGAAAUUUUGUUAUGGGCAGAAAAGACCACUAGCCCUGUCUUAUCAUCGUAUUACCAUCCUGUUGCGCUGCAGCCUGUGUAUAGCAUGCUAAAAUUGUGUGUGUGUGUGUGUGUGUGUGUGUGUGAGUGAGAGAGAGAGAGAGAGAGAGAGAGAGAGAGAGAGACUAAGGGUCCAAUUUAAGACUGGGUGAUGUUAGUGGCAUAACAAGUUCUCUGACCUGGUGUAGCAUCAUCACACACAUAACACAUACAGAGAAGUUAGUGUGUCCAUGUUUGUCAAAUACAAGUUCAAAUAGCAGGGCCUUUAUAACAGGCAGGCUGUAUCCCCUGGACAUGGGGAGAAAGUAGUUGCUUUUUACUCUUAAUUGUUUUAUAAGAAAUGUCCAGUUUUGAGCGAUUGUAGUGUGGAUGGAUUUUUUUGGUUUUGUUAAUUUCAGGUUUUUAACAAAUAGUUCAUGAAAGAAGCUAUUUGAUUUACCACAGAGAAAAACUUUUUAGUCUGGAUUUCUGCCCUGCUUAGAUUUUUUUUUUUUUAAAGUAUAAGCAUGGAUUGCCAAUUCCACUUGAUGUAAACAAAACCUUUUAUACAUAAUAUAUAUAAUAACUUAUUGUAUCAGCCCAGGUUCAGAAACUUGUGGUAGGCCAGUUUCAGAUAGUCUCAUUUCACCUGUAAACUGUAUCACUUUUACUGAUAUUGUAAUUUUCAAAUGUAUAAUAUGUUUACAGACGUGCCCUGCAUUUAGUCGUUUGUUCCUAUUUUGAUUUUUUUUUUUUCUUUUUUUUGGUUGUUGAGUCUCCUGCCUGCUUGCCAAAAGCUAGGAUGCUUCAGCCCUGUGUACAUCCAUGAGGCAUCCUUGAGCUUUAAAGCAUUGAACAAACUGGAAAUUGCAACACGCCACAUACUGAACUGAAAAAAAGUCUGUGUUUUGUGUUUUUUUUUUUAAUAAAAAUUUUCAAAAAGUUUAAAAAAAAUGCUUGAUUAAAGAAAGGCUCCAGUUUGUUUUAUAGGUUUUAAAGUUCUGCUUUGUGUUUAAUUGCCUUGUGUAACCACUUGUCGCCUUAGGGCCAAAUCCCUACCCCUAUCUUUUUUUAAUGCCCAUUUUGCUUGCCUGAAAUUUUAAAGUUCUGUUGCACAAAUCACAAGAAAAAAAAAAGAUAAAAAGGAAAAAAAAAAAAACCUUCCUUGGUUUGUGGCAUACAAGGUUGAAUGCACAAACUGAAAACAGAAAAAUCCAGUUUCCUGAAUUGGGCUUUUUAACUUAGAUGUAAUAGUACCUUUAAAGGCCUUCACUUUCAUAAUUCCUUUUCCAUAUCCUUCAGGCCUCUGUGCAGAGAAGCUAAAGAGAAUGUACUUCUUCUCUGUCCAAAGGUGUUGAGUCUCACUUCUAAAUGAAACAAUGCAACAUUUCACUUUGAUUUCUCCACUGAAAUUUUCUUGAUAAUAUGGUUAGAGGAAUAUAUAUAUAUAUAGUAGUUAGAAAUGUCUCUUAACUUUCUGGGAUCCCUAGUGACCCAUCAUUAACUGUCAGUAUUUUUUGGACAUUGGGUUAAUGGAGUUAAUUGCCUCAGUACAAGCAGGACUUUGGGACAGACAUCUUUUGUGCUGUUUGAUACUUGUCUCAAUCUUUCUCCUUAGGUCCUCACACAAUUCCUUACAGAGCACUUAUUAAAAAAAAAGUCUUACAAGUUCAUCUGUUUUCUGAUUAUUUUUGUGUAAGCUUCUAAAGAAACAUCAGCUGUGAUUAAUUUAGCACAUUUAAAUAACAGUAUGUUGUUGGUAUAUUUUCCUUCAACUCAGAGUAUUAGUACUGUAGCAUAAACCAAAUACAGUCUAGAGGGGAUUUUUAACAUCCCUCCAUUUAAAAGACUGAAAAGGGUGUGUGUGUGUGUGUAUGGAUGGAUGGAUGUUGGGGUGCUUGCGUGUGAGGGAAAGAUGAAGAUGCGAAGAAUUAGUAAAUGAAUGUUUAAGACAUUAUAUUAGUAUUCAGAGAAUGAAACUUGUAUUUAUUUUGUGCCAUUUGUUUUCAUUACAUGGAAUAAAGUCGGGUGGUUUAAAUUCUUAAAGGGUAGUACUAGAAAAAUGGCACUAAGGAUGAAAUCAUGACCUAUUUUUUUAAUAGAAACUAAUUAUGGGUGAUGAUUUCUUUUUCAGUUUGUCUUGAUUGUAGGUUUUGCGUCACAUACCACUCACUUUUGUGUAAAUGUCUUGAAUAAUAUCCCUUCCCCACAAAAGACAGGGUGUAUUUAUCUUUUCUUUUCAUCCACAACCUGAAGUUAAUUGCAUAGUGUUUCCUCUAACCUUAGUAAUGAACCUCCACAUCAUCAAUAAAGUGUGUUUAUGGUGUCUAUAGUAGCCUGCCCUUCUCUACUUAACUAGAAACUUGAGUGACACCUUUUUGCUGUCCUCUCUCUGCUUUACUAGUUACUUAUAACUUGCAAAAAUUCAUAGAUGGAAUACAGUGCUGUGAUUUGUUUUCAAAUGAGUUUUUAGAGAAAAUAAACCUCAAUUGGUAGGACACAGCAGCAGUCAUUUUACACUUGGUUGUUAGCUUGUUGCCAGCCCUCACCAAAAGUACUUAUGUCCUCAUGCUCUUUUGGGGAGCAGGGGGAUAGAUUUUAAGGUUAGAAAAAAGGGCAUGUAAAUGAAAUGCGAACUUGUAACAGAUGGCCAUGGGUAAGGAAACUGAAGACUUGGCUGAAUUAAAAAACCUCUCCACUACUGGUGGUGGUGUCUCUCAAGUCACUUAGUGUUCAAAAAUGCUAAGCGUCAUUAACAGACUAAAAGAACUAAUACGUUGUAGCUGGCCAAAUACAUGUAGUGGACAAAGUUUCUAUAAGGCCUAUUGAUAUAUGCCUGCCAGGCUGGAUUUUGAUAGGACUCUUUAACAGUUAGAAAGGAUGGGACUUGCAAGUCUUCCCCAAUGUACUAGUAGGGAAGGAAGCACAGGACAAGAAUAGAAGCUGCUUAAAGAUGGCCGGAAGAGCACAGGCCAACCGUUCUCAAAAUCAUUGUUGGUUUCCUGGUUGAAGAAGGUGGGCUUCUGCUGUUAGUAUCUUAAAAUGAUUGUGAACACUUAGGUGAACAGCAAGACCCUUACGUGUUGGUGUGAAAAAUGAUAAAUCAACUCGCUUAAGCACUGACUUUUAAGUUUUGAAGCAGUAGUUUUGAAUUUUAAGUCCAUCAUAAAAUACCCAGUAAAGCACCAGUGUAUUUGCAGUCAGGGACUGGAAACUAACACUCUUAAGCUGUAGUGGGGAUUGCUGGUUCAGACAUUUCCUGUUUAGAAAAUUUUGUUACAUUCAGAGUUCUGAAGCCAUUUUAUAUUUUGGUGUCUGUUUUUUAAAGCCUUAUUUAAAAUAGCUACAAAUGUUUUUUUUUUUUUUUUUCUCCCCAGUUCACUUUUGCUUUCACUGUAAUCAGUUUUAAUCUACAGACCAAACCAACUUAGAUCAACAUUACAAUAGCUUUCCAUACAUACCCCUUUUUUCCUCAGGUGCUAAACAAAGGCUCCAAAAUGAAUAUUGCUUUAGUAACAUCUGUUUUAUUCUUAAAAUGCAUAUUUCUUUUGCUAAUUGUAAAGAUUUGGUGUUAACAAAGUGGUUUUAAUAUGUAAAUAUGAACGAAUACCUUUAGUUCUAUUAAGUCAGUUUGCCUUUUAUCUUUUGUAGAUAAUUUUUCACAAUCUUGAAUACAUUUCAUUGGUAUUGUUGCAUCUUUAGAAUGAAAACAACUGUUUUGUCUUAGAUUACGCCUGCUGCUGCUAUGGGAAACUGAAAAUCAAGAAUGUGAUGCACUUUUUAACAUUACUAUAACCAUAGGUUGCUUUAAUACCUUUUCUCGGUAGCACAGCCACUAACAAAAAUGAACAGUUUAUAAUUCUCUUCAGGAAGUAAGUCAGUUUGUAGUUGGUGUUGACCUAUGAAGGGGACAGUAACUUAGGAAAUAAAACUUUUGGUUAAUAUUAUAUUUUGGCCGUAAAGUGUCUUCUACUGAAAAUAGUUUAGAUUUUAGCUUCGUUUCUAUUAUUCCCUCUUUGCUUCAAAAAGAAUUGGUAAGAAUUAAAGGAAGUCAUUUCAUUGAUUUUUUUUUUUUUAAUUGUCAGUAAGCUUUUUUCUUUUUUUUUUUUUUUUUUAGAGAAGUAAUACUGCCCUGAACCAGUCAGAUAUUUAGUUUAGUUAAUAAAGCUCCUGACUACUCUGCUUCUCAAGUGUAUUUUUUACUUAACAAAGGUAAACAAUAAGAAUGCUACUUGACAAAGGAAAAAAAAAUCUUCUCAAGCACAUACUCAAACAUGAAGGAGAAAAAAACCCAAAAAGUGUGUAGAGGAGGGACACCAAAUGAGGUGGAGGAAUACGAGAAUGAUGUGUGGUCCAAAGCUAUCUGGUUAUAUUUUGAUGUUGCCAAUAUUGUAGAGCCAAAAUUUUAAUUUGCUUACUUAAUAUAUUUGUUGGCCAGAGAUCUAUUUUUAUAUCAGUGUGCCUUGCAUGUAUAUUAACUUUGGGAAAGGCCAUGUAGUGAUGCCUGAGAUGUUGAUGGUUCUUACCACCUCACUGAUUUUUAUGCAGUGGAAAUGCUCAUUCUAUUGCCCAAUUGGUGCUCUCUGUUUAAAGUCAUAGAUCUUGUCAAACUGGAACUCUUUUAUAAACUGGGGAGUCACUUUUUUCUUUCUCUUCAUUUUUUAGUCUGUUAGUGGCUGGUCUGUAGUGGGAAAUAGUAAAAAGGAAUCUUCACUACCUACCCCCACCCCCACCCUAACACCACCUACAAGUGAUGUGAUGAUAUCAUUACUUUGUGCUCUUUGAAGGAAGUUUCAGUUUGCUGUCUCCUAGUGUUACAAAAGGUGUUAUUAAAAGCAUUGUUUGCAAAGUACAGGAAGAUGAUGGGAGUAUACAUUAUUUUUGUGAUUCUUUGUGAGCUUUGAUCCAAGUUAUUGGCUCUUUCCAACAAAAAUUUCGUGGUUGAAGCACCUUGCUUAGAAAGAUUUUAAUAUUCAUGUCUAUAAUUGUCUCAAUAAACUGUGCAAUUCUUGUCAUUAUAGAAAACAAAACAAAAAAAGACAGAUCUGAACUCUCCCUAAUGUGAUUUGUUAGUUUCUGUAUUUCCUGCCAGUGUAAAUGUGAAAAGCUUUGCUUGCAUUACGUUUUAGAAAUGCAUUUUGCACACUCAGUUUUGCUGAAGUUUUGCUGAAGCUCCGUGAAAAGGUUAGAUCUAAGUAGAUGAAUAAAGCUAUGCACAUGUUUUGAAAGUUUAAUUUGUGUGUCAUUACCAAAAGUAAUCUGUCAUUAUUUUGCUGUUCUUAGCUUUACCAUCUUUGGAAACAUGGUUCAAAGUUAGUUAGCUCAUCAGUGGAACUAAAAGGAAAGCUGGCACCCAUUGAAUAAAGUCUAGUUGAUAUGAGAGCUUGACUUGUAUCUAUUAAAGGGCUUUUCUUGAAACAGGGCAAUUGUAUCAGCUUUAUAAACCAUUGGAUCCAAUGCUCUUCUCAGUGAAUUUUGAAUAUUUAUGAAAAAGAAAUGGAAAGUCAUUCAAACUGAAACGAAGGAAAGACCUUUGUCAUAUGAAGCUCUGUGGCAGUUUUAUGUCUUAAACUGAUUUAAAGGUAGGAUUGACUUUUUUAAACCUUUAUUAUUUUAACAUAAAUUUGGUUAAUUGGAUGAUUUGAGAUAAAAAUCGUUCAGUUUUAAGGUCAAAACACAGAUUGUUUUUAAGGACAAUGUGUAUCUUUUUAAAAGCCCAGACUGAUCUGGGCUUCUGGUUCAUUCACUGCAGUUGCAUGUACUAAGUAGGUUCUUAAAGGUUGUUUAGGUGUGCUGGCCAGAGCUUGUCUUUCAUCUUUUAACAGGUAACUUCGGUAACUUGAGGACAUUUGUAGGUGAGCUGAGUAAAAGAUACUACCAAUGGUGUUUUCCCAAGCUCCAUGUAUGAGGUAUAUUAUUUCAUAGCUUUUGUCUAUCAAAAAGGGUUACUUCUCUUUCAUCUUGUUGGCUUUGAAAAGACAGCAAAAGUUCUGUUUGUUUAUAGUGGCAGUUAGUAAAUCUAGUAAAGAUUCAAAAUGUGGUCUAUACUGCAUAGCUUUAUAAACACAGGUAGUAGCAAACAGCUUGGAUGGCUUUGGAUACUCUUGAGCAUCUGUCAAUAGUUCAUUUAUGUCCAGACUUAGAAUAAACUGGUAGCUAGGCUUUAUGGUGGACACCUGUAAUCCUGGCAACCAGCAGGCUGAAGCAGGAGGACUAUGAGUUCAAAGCCAGACUUGCUUGCAUAGCAACAUAGCAAAUGUAUUGGAGAAGUAAUCUCUGUAUAUUGUGCACAAACAUUUAUUUAUGAGCUGGGUUGCCUUUUACUUUUGAAAAGGAUAAUUAGUGAAUUACAGUUAUGUUAGAAAAUAUUGUCCCUUUCCCUCUGAAUUUUUUUUCAAUAUUUUUUUGCCCAGUUUCAAAAUAAUAAAAGUAGGUCUUUUCUUAGAUAGAGGAACAGUGACCAGAAAUUACCGUUUUGCUAAAUAACUGCUUAGGUAUUUACUUAAAGCUGUUGCUGGUCUUAAAGAAUCCAAGGAAGUCUCAGUUACAUGAUGAUCUUCCCUUAUCAAUGUCUUACUUAAUGUUCAGUGUUUUAAAAAUACAAAAUUACACUCUACAACCAUACUCAGAUUUACUUAUUUUAUCAGAAAAACUUGAGAGAUUUGUAGAUCAAAUAAGACAAUAAGUGUACAUUGUUGAAUAAAAAAAUUUAAAGUUUU